UUUAUUUAUUUAUUUUCAUGUAACUUGAUGCUUUAGAUAUCAUUCUGGUGGGACUACACAAAAUUGUUUGUUGUCUUACGAGCUUAAAAUAAUAGUUGACUUCAUUUUUGUGAGCUCUCUUCAAGGUCUACUUCUUUCUAUCUUCAAAAAAAGAACAAACCCAGAAAGUCUCCCACUUUUUGCUUCCUUCUCAUUCUAGCCAUGUUUUGCAUUCAAGUGUGAAUUGAGUAUCUUGAUUCGUUUCCUGAUCUAGAAGAACAAAAAUGUCCACUCCUCGACUUUUACUAGCUUCAAUCCUUUUAACAUGUUGCCUAUCAAGUUUUGUAUUUGGAGCUACACUUCCAGACGAUGAAGUGGAAUGUUUAAAAGACACAGCAAAGACACUAGGGAAGAAAGACUGGAACUUCAGCGUUGAUCCAUGCAGUGGAGAGGAAGGGUGGGCUACGCCUAAUCCCCUGAAAGGAUUCGAAAAUGCCGUUACCUGUAAUUGCUCCUUCUCUAAUGCCACCGUCUGCCAUGUCAUUAGCAUAAUGCUUAAGGCACAGAGUCUCCCAGGCACUCUCCCAAAAGAAUUGGUCAAGUUCCCUUAUCUCCAAGAAAUUGACCUCAGCCGCAACUUCCUUAAUGGCACAAUACCUCCAGAGUGGGGUUCCAUGCAACUUGUCAACAUUUCUAUUCUUGGAAAUCGCUUAACAGGUCCAAUCCCAAAAGAGCUAGGAAAUAUAAGUACUCUUACCAGCAUAUCAGCUGAGUUCAAUCAGCUUUCUGGAGCUUUGCCUCCAGAGCUUGGGAAUCUACCACAAAUUGAAAGAAUGCUUCUUAGCUCUAACAAUUUUACUGGGGAAGUACCUCAAACAUUUGCUAAGCUGACCACAUUGAAGGACUUUCGGAUUAGUGAUAACCACUUCACAGGGGAGAUCCCUAUCUUCAUCCAGAAUUGGACAAACCUUGAAAAAUUAGCAAUUCAGGCAAGUGGUCUAACUGGACCAAUUCCAUCAAGCAUUAGUGCCCUGGAAAAUUUAACUGACUUGAGAAUUAGUGACUUGAGUGGAACUGAUGCAACUUUUCCACCACUUAGUGGCAUGAAAAAUCUGAAGAUACUGAUACUGAGGAGUUGCAAUCUCAUUGGAGAGCUACCUGAAUAUCUAGGGGAUAUGGCAAAUUUGAAGACCUUAGAUCUCAGCUUUAACAAACUCAGUGGAGAAAUUCCAAGCAAUUUUUCUGGCCUUGGGGACGUGAAUUACUUGUAUUUGACUAGAAAUUUGCUUACUGGAUCCGUCCCUACUUGGAUACUGGAAAAUGGAGACAAUGUUGAUCUUUCCUAUAACAAUUUCACAGCUGGAAGCCAAGGGACAUCAAGUUGUCAACAGAGGAGCGUGAAUUUGUUUGCAAGCACUUCGCGUAGCAAUAUGUCGGGAUCUGUUUUUUGUUUGAGAAGCUUUCAUUGCCCAAAAUUUUGGUACUCUCUCCAUAUAAACUGUGGGGGGAGAGAUGUAACUAUUGGUGGAAAUACCACAUAUGAAGAUGAUACAGAUGGAGCUGGACCUUCAAGAUUUUUUCAAAGUAGAAAUAAUUGGGCAUUUAGCAGCACUGGUCACUUCUUGGAUGAUGACCGUGAAACAGACACCUAUACUUGGACAAAUUCAUCUAAACUAUCCAUGGAUGGUUCCCAACUAUACAUGACCGCACGCCUUUCUCCCAUUUCUUUGACUUACUAUGGAUUUUGCCUGGGCGAUGGAAACUACACUGUGAAUCUCCAUUUCGCAGAGAUAAUGUUCACUAAUGACGAUACAUAUAGCAGCUUGGGAAGGCGCAUAUUUGAUAUUUACCUUCAGGGCAAGCUGAUGCAGAAGGAUUUUAAUAUCGAGGAUGAAGCAGGUGGAGUUGGCAAGGCAAUCAUAAAGAAAUUUCCUGCUGUAGUAACUAAUAGUACCCUGGAGAUCCGUUUUCAUUGGGCUGGAAAAGGGACAACUGGUAUUCCUGUUAGAGGAGUUUAUGGUCCUCUUAUAUCAGCUGUAUCUGUGAAUCCUGAUUUUAUACCUCCAUCAGAAAAUGGGGGUAGUAGCGGUAUAUCUGUGGGUGCAGCGGUUGGAAUUGUAGCUGGAGUAGCAUUUGCCAUCUUUCUCAUUGGGGGCAUACUUUGGUGGAAAGGCUGUUUAAGACAAAAGAGCACGUUGGAACAAGAUCUAAAAGGUCUAGACUUGCAGACUGGUUCUUUUAGCUUGAGGCAAAUCAAAGCUGCCACAAACAAUUUUGAUGUUGCUAACAAAAUUGGAGAAGGAGGCUUUGGUCCUGUUUACAAGGGCAUUCUGGCAGAUGGCACAGCAAUAGCGGUUAAGCAGUUAUCUGCUAAAUCAAAGCAAGGAAACCGUGAGUUUGUGAAUGAAAUUGGAAUGAUUUCUGCUCUGCAACACGCUCAUCUGGUAAAGCUAUUUGGUUGUUGUAUAGAAGGAAAUCAACUGUUACUGAUAUAUGAGUACAUGGAAAACAACAGCCUUGCUCGUGCAUUGUUUGGUCCGGAAGAAUGUCAAUUGAAAUUAGAUUGGCCAACAAGACGUAAAAUCUGCAUUGGAAUAGCAAGAGGUUUGGCAUAUCUCCAUGAAGAAUCUAGGUUGAAGAUUGUGCAUAGAGACAUCAAGGCCACAAAUGUGUUGCUUGGCAAGAAUUUAAACCCUAAAAUAUCAGAUUUUGGUUUGGCCAAGCUUGAUGAAGAGGAUAAUACUCACAUUAGCACCCGAGUUGCUGGAACUUUUGGCUAUAUGGCUCCUGAAUAUGCAAUGCGUGGUUACUUAACUGAUAAGGCAGAUGUUUAUAGUUUUGGGAUAGUGGCACUGGAAAUUGUUAGUGGGAGGAGCAACACUAGUUACCGUCCGAAGGAAGAAUGUUUUUAUGUUCUUGAUUGGGUUCUUGUUUUGAAGGAGCAAGGGAGUUUAUUGGAUUUAGUUGAUCCAAGGAUGGGCUCUGAUUACAACAAAGAAGAGGUGAUGGCAAUGAUCAAUGUUGCUCUCCUAUGUACCAAUGUUAAUGCGGCAGCUAGGCCUGCCAUGUCCUCUGUAGUUAGCAUGCUUGAAGGCAAAGCAGCUGUUCAGGAAUUUGUUACAAAUUCAAGCACUUUUCCGGACAAAUCGAACUCUCAGGCUAUGAAGAAGCUUUAUCAGCAACUUGAAGAAAAGAGUGCCCCUGAGAGCCAGACAAACAGCAUGUCAACAGUUGGAGCAUGGACUUCUUCUACAUCUGCUGCUGAUCUCUAUCCAGUCAGUUUAACUUCUGAUUAUUGGCAGAGUAGAGACUGAACAAAUCAAGCAAACUGUCUUGAUUGAAAUGAGAAAGACUUUGCUUUUAUGUAAUUUAGCAAAUGAAUUGGGAAAAAGAAAAAAAAAAAGAAGUCUUAGAACAUUUUUCCCAUAAAGCAAAAUGUAAAUAGUCACAUAUGGUUGUUAUUUUUUGCAUAGCUAGCUUUCUUUUUCAUUAAACUUCUUGACGCAAUAUGUUAAGAAUUCUAUAGCAGUUUUUGCCAUCCCAGUGUAAAGGCAAUCUGCUUUCACCGACAACAAUGGAACAUCCAGGGCAAAACACUUCUAAUUUGUUAAACAGUUGUUGUAUUGCCCUCUGAAAAAUACAAGUCAACAAAAAAAGGCCGUAUCCAGUAUAACAGCCUGCCAUGUCCUCUUUAUGUGAGAUAUGCAUGCUUGAAGGCAAGGCUGCUGUUUAGGGAUUGAUUACAGAUUCAAGCACUCUUCCUGACGAAUCCAACUCUCAGGUGAUGAAGAGACUUUACCAGCAUCUUGAAGAAAUAGUGCCCCUAAGAGCCAGACGCACAGUAGCAUAUCGACAGUAGGCCAUGGACACCCUACUAUAACACUUGCAUCCAUCCCUGGUUUAAUAUUAACAAAAA